AUGGCGGACAGCAGCAGCAGCAGCAGCCGGCAGCAGCAGCAGCAGCAGCAGCAGCAGCAGCAGCAGCAGCAGCCGCAACUCAACCCGCCCAGCAGCAGCACACACACCCCAAAGGCGAAGACCAGCCGCAGAAAAAUUGCUCGUCACCGGCGGCACCGCCAGCAGCAGCAGCAGCAGCAGCAGCAGCAGCAGCAGCAGCAGCGGCUGCUGCAGCAGCAGCAUCACGGGUGCCAGGCUGAGCCAGAGCAGCAAAUGGCCCCAAUGGCUGCUGAAAUGGAGGCAGCAGCUGCUGCUGUUGCUGCAGCAAAUGGCGCAGCAGCGGAGACAGCUGCAGCCUCGGAAGCAACAGCAGCAGCAGCAGCAGCAGCAGUAGCUGCGGGCGAAGCAAUACUUGAUGAGUUAUUAGCCCCAGUUGUCAGCAGCAAUGCCAGCAGCAGCUGCAUGCACAGCAGCAGCAGCAGCUUCAUCAGCAGUUGCAUCUACAGCAGCAGCAGCAGCUUCAGCAGCAACAGCGGCAGCAACAGCUUCAGCAGCAACAGCAGCAGCAACAGCUUCAGCAGCAGCAGCAGCAGCAGCAGCUGCAGCAGUCACGAAGAGCCCACGGGGAGUCCCCGUGCUGCUUCAUCUGCGUGUGCAUCUCCUUCUGCUGCAGCUGCUGCUGCACCUCGUGCUGCUGCGAUGUCACCGCCUACUGCUGCUGCUGCUGCUGCUGCUGCUGCUGCUGCUCAUUCUCCCUCUGCUGCUGCAGCAGCCGUUGCUGCACAGGGCACACGCCGCAGCGCCCAGGGCCGCGGACACAAAAGGCAGCAAAGAGAGCAGCAGCAGCAGCUGCUGCUGCAGCAAAGAGAAGGCCAAGACAGGGCACAGCAGCAACAGCAACAUACUGAGGAAUUAAACAAUCAACAGCAGCAACAGCAGCAGCAGCAGGAGCCGCACAAGCGGCGAAGUGUCUCACCACCGCAGCAGCAGCAGACAGCACUGUGGCAGCUGCAGACGCAGCAGCAGCAGCAGCAGCAGCAGCAGCAGGCUGCAGCACUAGAGUCGGAAUUCCAGCAGCAGCAACAACCCAAAGUGCACAUUGUCCCUCUUAAACAGUGCCAGCAGCAACAGCAGCAGCAGCUGCUGCAAGAAGAGCAGCAGCAGCAGCAGCAGCAGCUGGAACACCAGCUGCAGGAACAGGAGCAGCAGCAGCACGAGCAUCAGAACCAGCACCAGCUGCAGGAGAAUCAGCAGCAGCAGCAGCAGCAGCAGCAGCAGGAACAGCAGCAGCAGCAGCAGCAACGGCAGCCGCAGCAGGGAGCUCGUGUCCGGCUGCAGCGCCGCGAGAAAUCGAAACCGCUCGAGGCGCAGCAGCAGCAGCAGCAGCAGCAGCAGCAACAGCAACAGCAGCAGCAACAGCAACAGCAGCAGCAACAGCAGCAGCAGCAACAGCAGCAACAGGAGGAAGGCCUGUUGCAGAAGCAGCUGUUAAGAGAUAAGUGGGUGGGGCAAGCUGCCCAGUUAAUCAAACUGAAGCAAAAACAGCACCAGCAGGAGCUGCAGCAGCAGCUGCAGCAGCAGCAGCAGAAGCUGGAGCAGCAGCAGCAGCUGCAGCAGCAGCAGAAGCUGGAGCAGCAGCAGCAGCUGCAGCAGCAGCAGCAACUUGAGGAUAUGGGAGAUGAGCUUCACCGAGAAAACGAGGCACCAGGAGUGCAGCAGCAGCAGCAGUUAGGGUCUCCUUCACAGCAGCAGCAACAGCAAGAGAAGGAGCAGCAAGAGCAAGAGCAGCACGAAAAGCAGCAGCAGCGCAUUCCGGCUUCGCGCUGCUCUGCUGCUGGUGCUGCUGCUUACUUUUCGCUGCUUUGCUGCAGAGAAGCAGAAAUGAGCAGCAACUUGCAGCAGCAGGAAGCAGCAAAUCUGAACAGGCUGCGGCUGGGGCUUUCCAACGGCAUAACUCGCACUGUGUCUUGCUACGACUUCCCCGCUGCUGCUGCUGCUGCUGCUGCUGCUGCUGCUGCUGCCAGGGCGCAGCAGCGCGCCGCAGCCGCCAAACAACGAGGCAGGCAGCAGCAGCAGCAGCAGCAGCAGCAGCAGCACAGCACCUUCGGCGCAGCAGUUUCUGGCUUUUUUCAGUGGCUUGCUGCGCCAGUGGAAGCCGCCCAUGCGCACCAGCAGCAGCAGCAGCAGCAGCAGCAGCAGCAGCGGCAAGACAGCCGAGGCAAACAGCAGCCGCAGCAGGAGAAAGAGCCGCAGCACACCAGCUUUGACAAGCAGCAGCAAACGCAGCAGCAGCAGCAGCAGCGGCAGCAAGCAGCCUUUCCGUGA